GCGUCAGUGAACGCACCGCGUUCCAGAGUACUACUAGGACAUCGUGUAGCGUGUGGAGUUGAGUGACAGUCCCACAGAAGUGGAUCUACCACCGGGGACGCCGAACCGAGGCGGCGCGGUUGGACGAGCGGAUCAACGCAUGCCUGAAAUGCGUUUUAAUUGCGUUCGGAAGUGCUUGCGCCAAGUGUGAAAGUUGCGUGAAGAGGAGGACGAGAAGGGACGGACGUAAACAAGACUUGCAGAGAAGCGGGGGGGGGGCGCACUCCAUCUCACAUGGCCAAGUGGGGGGAGCCGGGAGAUGUUUGAAUGAGCUCGCCGCGAGGACACAACGCGUCGCCCGGCUGGGGGUCGCUGGUGGCGGGCCACGCCAUGGACGCCCAGGCGGUCGAGCACGGCGAGGACGUGCGUAAGAGCGGCUACCUCCGCAAGCACAAGUCCAUGCACCGGCGCUACUUCGUGCUGCGUUCGGGUUCGGAACGCGGCGCUGCCCGCCUGGAGUACUACGAAAGCGAGAAGAAAUUCCGCGGCAAGGCCCCCGUCCCCAAGAAGGCCGUGCUGCUGGAGACCUGCUUCAACAUCAACAAGCGGGCCGACUCCAAGAACAAGCACAUGAUCGUGCUGUACACGCGCGCCGAGAGCUUCACUGUCGCCGCUGACAACGAAGCCGACCAGGACGACUGGUACCAGGCCAUGGUGGACCUGCAGUGCAAAAGUAAGAACCCCUGUGACAAAGGUGCUGCCGGGGACUACGGGGUCCCCAACCCUGGGCCGGCCUUUAAAGAGGUUUGGCAGGUGAAAGUGUGGCCCAAAGGUCUGGGUCAGGCCAAAAACCUGGUGGGCAUCUACCGCCUCUGCCUGACGGACAAAACCAUCAACUUCGUCAAGCUCAACUCCGAUGCCGCCGCUGUGGUACUGCAGCUCAUGAACGUCCGGCGCUGCGGGCAUUCGGAAAAUUUCUUCUUCGUUGAGGUUGGCCGCUCGGCUGUGACGGGCCCCGGCGAGUUCUGGAUGCAGGUGGAUGAUUCGGUGGUUGCCCAGAACAUGCAUGAAACGUUGCUGGAGGCGAUGAAGGCGCUCAGUGAGGAGUUUCGCCAGCGAAGUAAAUCUCAGUCAAACUCCGGUCCAGGAGGAGGUGCGACCGCCUCCAACCCCAUCAGCGUUCCCACACGCCGUCACCACUCAAACCCUCCGCCCAGCCAGGUGGGCUUCACCCGUCGACCCCGAACCGAGCCUCCCGGAGGAGGUAACGGCGGGACGGGGGUUACCAGCUCCAGCGCUUCGCCUACCCCUCGACACAGCUUUCCGAGGUCUCGCGCUGCCAGCGACGGGAGCAAAGUCGAGGAGGGCCUAACGGGAGUUCCCGGCUCCAGUCCCUCGGCCAACGGUUCUUGCUCCAACACGCCGAUCCUCAGGUCAAAGUCGACUCGCUCGGCCCCCACCUCCACCUCUAAAACACCUCUCGGUCUGAUGCGCUCCAUUUCCACACCGGCACCCUCCCCGGCCCCGAGCUUGUCCUCCAGCUCUGGGCACGGAUCGGAAUUUGGGGGCAUCGCGUCUUGUGCCGGUCCCGGGGCGGGCUCUGGUCCCUACAGUCGUGUCGCCAUGCAUUGCGCCUCUGUCUCAGGUUCACCCAGCGACUACGGCUCCUCAGACGAAUAUGGCUCCAGUCCGGGAGAACAGACUCUUCUGGUCUCCCCCAGCCUGCCUGGAAGUUCGGUCGGCAGCGCUGGCAGCCAGUCCCUUGGCGAGGACGGAGCCAAUUACAUUUUAAUGGGCCAGCACAGCGGGGGCAAUGGCGGCGUGACGUCAGGCUCCUUGCCAGCACCCGGAGCGCCGGUCUGCGGCUCCCAAGGCCAGACAAGGAGAGUGCUGCGUCGAUCCUUUAGCCGGGAAGGCGAAGCUGAACGUAAGUUGCUGAGCAAGCGCGCCUCCUUACCUCCUAUGGCCUUGGAGAGGCUGGUCCCGUGCCAACACAGAGGCGAGGAGCCGGCAGACGAAGACUCGGCCGACUACGCAAUCAUGUCAAGGAGCACCAGCCGCGAGUCGUUUUCAUCCACGUCCUCUGCUACGCAGAGGGAAUUCCUCUUGAGUACUGGGUCAGGAGGGGAAGGAGGAGGUUACUUGGAUGUGGCAGGAGAGUUUAAAGUCGAAACAGGUGCGGGAUCAGGUGGUGUUGUUGACGUCGGAGUGGAUAAUGGCUACAUGUCCAUGCUGCCCGGGGUUACUCAGUCUCCGGUGUCCCUUUCCCAAUCACUGGCUGUUUCCGUCCCAGACUCGGAGGCUAAAGCCGCCGAUGAUUACAUGGCCAUGACCCCGAACAGUAGCGUGUCCCCACCGCAGCAGAUCCGAGCGCCGCCCGCCUCUGACGGCUACAUGAUCAUGUCUCCCAAUAGCAGCUGCUCGCCCGAUCAACGCGGCGGUCUUUCGUCGGGGGCUUGGCUGGGCAGCGGCAGUGCCGACAGCAGGGCGGGUAGUGACUACAUGAACAUGUCGCCCAUCAGCGCUCGCUCCGUAAGCGGUAGCCCCCCUCCCUCAGAACGCAGUCAUUCGGAGACCAGUCCUCAACAGCAAGUCCCCAAAAUGGUGUACUCUUACUAUUCCCUCCCCCGGUCAUACAAACACAACGCCUCUUCCAGACACUUUGACGACGGACCAGGCCGUGGCAGACGUCCUAACGGGAGCGGCAGUAGGGGAGGUCGGACCGUAGGAGGGCGUCAGGAGCAAACGCCCGUCGGCGGUUCAAUGGCGGGGAGGCACCAGUCGCUCUCCUCUUCCUCGUACUCGUCCAGCUCGGCCAGCAGCGAGAGCCUCGGCGAAAGUGAGGAAAGAGCAGCGAGCUCCAUCGGCGGGAGGUCCAAAGAUGGAACUAAGCUCCAACAGCGACGGGGCUCCGGCGGCUUGCCAAAACACGGUGUCCACUCUCGAAGCAGACCCGUGAGCUUGUUUGUUGACGUAUCCAAGGCCAACACGCUUCCCAGGGUCCGUGAGAACCCCUUGCCCCCAGAACCUAAGAGUCCCGGCGAGUAUGUCAGUAUUGAGUUUAAGGGGGAGAACAGCAACCCGCACAGGGUCGCGGGAGGGCGUGGCCGAGGCCUCAGGCAGGGCUCCUCGAACCCUCGUGGUACAAACAACCAGCCUCCUCAACACAGACCGGUGUCUUGCCUUGCCAAUUUCAUCCCCGUCUCCCGCAGCCCGUCCGCCCCCAUCACUCCCCCGGCUGCUUCGGAAUACGUCAACAUGGACCUGGGUCCUUCUCCUUCGCCCUCACCCCAUACCCCGCUGGUUUUUCCUCCUUUCCACACGCCUCCAACGCUGGCUCUGGCUUCCAAAGUCUCCGAUACCGAAUCGAGCGGCCCUCGUGAAGAGUCGGUAGCCAUUGCCGAUGCACCGCUGAGGAAAACCCGAGAGAUUGUCCCAGAGUCGGAGUCCCCCACAUCGUGCGGGGACUACACGGUCAUGGCUUUCAGUCUGAAUAACGGUACUGCUCCGAGAUCCAGUGUCUCACCCAAAGCUCCUUCCCCGUCUAGGACUGAACUCUCGGUCGCAUCACGGGGUCUAGACUUUGCUCUCGCCAAGUCGGGGCCCAAUCCGGAUCACGGAGCCAAAGUUAUCCGCGCUGACCCCCAGGGACGCAGGCGACAUUGCUCUGAAAGCUUCCUGGCCUCGUCUUCCCUCUCCACCUCUGGUUCGACCCCCUCUUCGUCCACAUCGUCACUCUUCCCGGAACAGGCCGGGAGCCGCCGGCAGGGUUUCGAAAGCACUCCGUGGCGCAAUUGUGCCGUCCCGGAUGGCCCCGCUCCGUCACCCUUCCCUGGACAGCAGCAACAGCAAACACCCAGCGCAGAGCAAGGCCUGAACUACAUAGACUUGGACUUGGCCAACAAGGAGAGCCCCCACUUGGGCCUGGACGGACUGCCGGGGAGCCAGGCAUCGGUGCGCCUCUUUUCGGCGCUGGGUGCGAGCCCUGCGGUCGGAGGAGGGGCCGCGGCCGUCGGCAACAACAACAGCAGCAGCAGCGGCAGCAGCUCCAGCGCGGCCAACACCUACGCCAGCAUUGACUUCUACAAGUCUGAGGAGCUUCGGACGCAUCAGAACCCAAGCAAGGAGGGAACAGAGUGCUGAUGCCAGCGACUUUGGAAGUCCGUUUGCUCCUUUCGGGGGGGAUUGGACACGUCCCCGGAGAGAGACUUCUCUUUUUUGCCAAGUGAUGUUCUCCAAAAAUAGCUUUCAUUCCGUGAGUGGGAGCCCCAAAAAAAAAAAAAAGGAAUUAAAGUUCUCCCAGGCAAAAAGAGCCACUCAAAAAUAAAAUAGUACUAUUAAGUGUAUGGAAAAGAAAAUAUUUACAGGUCUGGGGAAAAAAAGUGCCUACUUCGAAUAUAGACAUUAUGUUCCCAAGGGUGAGUGAACCCAUUUUUUUUGUUUUUGUUUUUUAAAUCACAACACCUCAAACAAUCUUGUCAUACGAACUAUUUUUCCCCCCCCUCCUGAAAGGUUUAUUUUUAUUUUUUCUCAUGACAUAGAGCCAUAUACACCACGAGUAUUCACAAAACGCGUAGCAAAAAAUGCCAUCCGGCCGACUCAGCACGAGCUGGCCGGCCGUUUGCUGGUAGGCCAAAAAUAACACUUACCUCUCACACAUAGACUCAUGUUCAUCGAAAGACUUAUGGUGUGUUGUGAGUUUCCAGCGAGUGUGAGGAUUUUUUUGUGUGUGAGUUUUGUGAAGGUUUUUUGGGGUGUGAAUGAGAAUUGUUUUUGUGGUUGGUUGGGAGAAUUUUUUUGUUGUGUGUGUCGUGUAAGAUUUUGUGUUUUUUUUUUUUUUUAUUUGUGUGAGAGGAUUUUGGGCGCGUAAAAAGUUUUUGGAUAAGUGUUAGUAUCUUUUGCUGCGUGUCCUUUUUAGGUGUGUGUGUGUCGAGUUUUUUUUUUUUGCUGUGUGAAUUUUUUUGUGCGAGUGGGAGGUAAAUGUUUUUGACCUAUACGGCACCUCACAUUUGGAUGAAUCCGUUUCCCUCCGUCUAUUUUUGCUCUCAGGACAAUGAAAAAACGUAUAGUAUGACUCGUGGUGUUGACGGCCACGCUAAUGCUAACUCGCUAGCUUUUAGGAAAUGUUCUCCAAACUCAUUUGUGAGUAUGCGCAUCAGCACUUAAGUGCCUGUCAGUUUUGUCUUACCUGACCUAUGUAUCACUUCUUGGUCUUCGUCCCAGACCACAUCUGGGUUUUUUUUCCGUACGUGAUCUCGUUUUGGAUGUAUAUAAGUCGUUUGUUUGUCGGGGGGGACUUUAUGGUCGGCCGUAACUCUCGAGUGCUAAAACUGGACAGUAGCCCGCAGCGCUCAACUUUCUUGCUUUGUUUGAAAUGUAACUGUUUUCUUUUUCCAAGCAAUUGGAAGAAGCGGCCCCGAUCUCGCCUCACAAUUCUCGUGACACUUUUGAGAUAAAGCUGUUGUGGUGAACA